GCGAGGAGGCGGGUCAGGGUUGGGGCACAACUACUCUAGCCAGCGCAGUUUGGUGGUCGUCCGUGUGUGCCUGCCUGGCCAGCGUACUUUUUUACAUGAGCUUGCAUGUGUCGGCGUAAAUGUACGCGUGUGUAUGUGUGUGCGCUUGAGUGUGUGUUCCCUCUUUAUGCGGAAGAAGAAAAGAGGAUAAAACACACGGAGCCGUAGCGUAGACGUUGCUCGCAACAUAAGGAAGUCAUCCAUUGAAGUGCCAGAAACCAGAUGGAGCACUUGUGUGGAUCAGGUCGCCCAUUCUGGGAGCCGAACCUCACCCUGUACACGGACCAGCCCGACCUGUCUGAAUGUUUCCAGCUCUCCGUGUUGUCAUGGAUACCCUGCAUCUACCUGUGGCUGGCGCUCCCCUUCUAUGGCCUCUACCUCAAGAGGAGCAACAAGGGCUACAUCAUGAUGUCCAUCCUCAACCGGGUCAAAACGAUAUUUGGCUUCAUCCUGUGGAUAGUGUGCUGGACAGACCUCUUCUCUGCCUUCCAUGAGAUGCAGCAGCAGGCCAGCGGUGGAGCUAAGCCCCCCAUAUACUUUGUCACACCGCUCCUGCUCGGCAUGACCAUGCUGCUGGCGACCUUCCUCAUCCAGUUGGAGCGUUUGCGGGGUGUCCAGUCGUCUGGCGUGCUCUUCAUCUUCUGGGCCCUGGCUGUGCUCUGUGCCAUCGUGCCUUUCCGAUCCAGGAUCCUCCAGGCCUCCAUCAAGGGGGAGAUAUCAGACAAGUUGCGCUUCACAACGUUCUACAUCUACUUUGGCCUGAUCUUGGCCCAACUCAUCCUCUCCUGUUUCAGCGAGAAGCCUCCGCUCUUCUCCGAUGUCGUCACAGACCCUAACCCGUGUCCAGAGUCCAGCGCUGGAUUCCUGUCCACCAUGACCUUCUGGUGGUUCACCGGUUUGGCCAUCAAGGGCUACAAGGCGCCGUUGGAGACCAAAGACCUGUGGUCGCUAAACCACGAUGAUCGCUCGGACGUCAUCGUACCCCAUCUGCUGAAGGAAUGGGAGGUGGAGAACGCCAGGGUUCAAAGUCAAAAGGACAAGGAGGCGCAGCAGGCAAUGUACUCCAAAGUGCCAAAGGGGGCCUCCAACAACCACGUGGGAGGAGGAGGAGGAGGUGGAGGUGGAGGAGGAGGUGGAAAUGGAGACGCUGCAACAGGGAGCCCAGAGGAGGUGGAGGUGCUGCUCUCUAAGCAGAAGGCAUCUCCACAGCAGCCGUCGUUCCUGCGCGCGCUGCUCAAGACGCAUGGGCCUUACUUCCUCAUCGGCUCCGCCUACAAGCUGCUGCAGGACGUCAUCACCUUCGUCAACCCUCAGCUGCUCAGUUUGUUGAUUUCCUUCAUCAAGAAUAAGGACGUUCCCCCAUGGUGGGGUUUCGCGCUGGCCUUCCUGAUGUUUGGCUGUGCCCUCCUGCAGACCAUCAUCCUGCACCAGCACUUCCAGUAUUGCUUCGUCACCGGCAUGCGUCUACGCACCGCCAUCAUCGGGGCCAUCUAUAGAAAGUCCCUGGUCAUCACCAACGAGGCCAAGCGUUCGUCGACGGUGGGGGAGGUGGUGAACUUGAUGUCAGUAGACGCCCAGCGCUUCAUGGACCUCACCACCUUCCUCAACAUGCUGUGGUCCGCCCCGCUGCAGAUCGUGCUGGCCCUCUUCUUCCUCUGGCAGAAUCUGGGUGCGUCGGUUCUGGCUGGAGUGGCCGUGAUGAUCCUGCUCAUCCCCUUCAACGCAGUCAUAGCUAUGAAGACCAGAGCCUACCAGGUUGAGCAGAUGCAACACAAAGACGCGCGCAUCAAGCUGAUGAACGAGAUCCUGAACGGCAUCAAAGUGCUGAAGCUGUACGCCUGGGAGAAGUCCUUCCAGGACAAGGUCCUCGAGAUCCGCCAGAAGGAACUCAACGUCCUGCGCAAGACUGCCUACCUCAGUGCCCUCUCCAUCAUGGCCUGGACCUCAGCGCCUUUCAUGGUUGCCUUGACAACGUUCGCAGUGUAUGUAACGGUGGACGAGAACAAUAUUUUGGACGCCCAGAAGGCCUUCGUCUCUUUGGCCCUCUUCAAUAUCCUGAGGUUCCCCCUCAACAUGCUUCCCCAGGUCAUCAGCGGAAUUGUGCAAGCGAGUGUAAGUCUGAAGCGUAUCCAGUCCUUCCUGAGUCACGAUGAGCUGGAUCCAGACGCCGUGGACAGGAAACACACCAGCUCUGAGCAUGCAGUGACAGUCCUGAACGGGACCUUCUCAUGGGCCAAGCAGGACACGCCAGCCUUGCACAAUAUCAAUGUGAUGGUGCCGCAGGGUUCUCUCUUGGCCGUGGUGGGUCAUGUGGGCUGUGGCAAGUCCUCUCUGGUGUCCGCCCUACUGGGAGAGAUGGAGAAACUGGAGGGACAGAUCUCAGUCAAGGGCUCGGUGGCGUACGUUCCUCAGCAGGCGUGGAUCCAGAACGCCACGCUGCGUGACAACAUCCUGUUCGGACGGCCGUACGUGGAGCAGAAGUACCGCUGCGUCCUGGAGGCCUGCGCCCUCGUCACCGACCUGGAGGUGCUGCCCGGCGGGGACCAGACAGAGAUCGGGGAGAAGGGCAUCAACCUGUCUGGUGGGCAGAGGCAACGUGUGAGCCUGGCUAGGGCGCUCUACAGUGAUGCCGACGUGUACCUGCUGGACGACCCACUAUCAGCUGUGGAUGCCCACGUAGCCAAACACAUAUUCGACCAUGUCAUCGGCCCCGAUGGAGCUCUGCAGGGAAAGACACGGGUGCUGGUGACACACGGCAUCAGCUUCCUGCCGCAGGUGGACAACAUCCUGGUGAUGGUGGACGGCCGCGUGUCGGAGAUGGGAUCUUACCAGAACCUCCUGAAACAAAAUGGAGCCUUCGCAGAGUUCCUCAGGAACUACUCUCUAGAAGACAUCAUAGAGGACGAGGAGGCUACGAUGGAGAUGAUUGAGGAGGAGGAUGAGUCCUUCCCUGACGACGCCCUUAGCAACCACACAGACAUGGUGGACCACGAACCCGUGGUCAACGAAACACGCAGGCAGUUCAUGAGGCAGAUCAGCAUCAUGUCUGGCGAUGGGGAGAACUGCAAGAGGAAGUCCAUCUGCAAGCGGCGCUGCAGCGAGAUGAAGAUCGGAGAGCCCACCAAGCCAGAGAAGAAAGAAGAGGCCAAGAAAGACAAACUCAUACAGGCCGAGACGGCGGAGACUGGCAAGGUGAAGCUGAAGGUGUAUUGGGAGUACAUCAAGGCGGUGGGGCCGCUCCUCGCCCUCCUCAUCUGUUUCCUGUACGGCUGCCAGAGCGCCUCGGCCAUCGGCGCCAACAUCUGGCUCACGCAGUGGACCAACGACGCCAAGCUCAACCAAUCAGAGACGAACGUGCACACACGGGUGGGCGUGUACGCGGCGCUGGGACUCACACAAGGGUUGCUGAUUCUGGUCACGUGUUUGAUCUGCCGCUCGUACAGCAUGUUGCGCGCCUCGCGGGAGACGCACCAGCGCAUGCUGGCGGCCGUGCUGCGCGCGCCGCAGGCCUUUUUCGAGUCCACGCCCUCCGGACGUCUGCUCAACCGCUUCGGCAAGGACGUGGACGCCAUCGACACGCUGCUCCCCGACAACAUAGACAUCUGGCUGCGCACCUUCUGGUACACGGCCAACGUGCUGCUCAUCUGCUCCGCGCUCACGCCGCUCAUACUGCUAGUCGUAGCGCCCCUCAUGCUGUUCUAUUGGUGGGUCCAGCGUUUCUACGUGGCCACGUCGAGGCAGCUGAAGCGGCUGGAGUCGGUCAGCAGGUCUCCCAUCUACUCCCACUUCUCUGAGACCAUCACGGGCACCAGUGUCAUCCGCGCCUACGCGCGCAACGACGCCUUCGUGCUGCUCAGUGACACCAAGGUGGACGAGAACCAGAAGAGCUACUACCCCGGCAUCGUGGCCAACAGGUGGCUGGGAGUCCGUAUUGAGUUCAUCGGUAACUGCAUUGUGCUAUUCGCCGCCCUAUUCGCCGUCAUCGCUAAGGACCGGCUGACUGACAGCUUGGUGGGCCUAUCGGUGUCUUACGCUCUCCAGGUGACUAUGUCGUUGAACUGGAUGGUACGGAUGACCUCGGAUCUAGAGAGCAACAUUGUGGCGGUGGAGAGAGUCAAGGAGUACUCUGAGACACAGACGGAGGCUCCGUGGGAGGUGGAGGACAAGACCCCUCCCCCCAACUGGCCCCCCCAGGGCAACGUGGAGUUCCGGCAGUAUAGCGUGAGGUACCGAGAGGGGCUGGACCUGGUACUCAAGAACCUCACUCUCACAGUCAAGGGUGGAGAGAAGAUUGGUAUUGUGGGCAGGACAGGUGCGGGUAAGUCCUCCAUGACGCUGUGUCUGUUCCGUCUGCUGGAGGCGGCGUCAGGAGAGAUCACCAUUGACAACGUGAAGAUUGCAGACAUAGGCCUGCACGACCUGCGCUCCAAGCUCACCAUCAUACCCCAGGAGCCGGUGCUGUUCUCGGGGACGCUGCGUAUGAACCUUGACCCCUUCGAGAAGUACUCUGACGAGGAUGUGUGGCGAGCCCUGGAGCACUCCCACCUCAAGAAGUUUGUCACCAACCAAGCGUCCAAACUCGACCUAGAAUGCUCCGAAGGUGGAGAAAACUUAAGCGUUGGGCAGAGGCAGCUGGUGUGCCUGGCGCGAGCGCUACUGAGGAAGACAAGGAUCUUGAUCCUGGAUGAGGCGACGGCGGCCAUUGACCUUGAGACAGAUGACCUCAUCCAGUCCACCAUCCGCACGCAGUUCGAGGACUGCACCGUCUUCACCAUCGCACAUCGUCUCAACACCAUCAUGGACUAUAACAGAGUUCUGGUGUUGGACAAGGGACAGAUUGCAGAAUUUGACACACCAACAAACCUAAUAGCCCAGAGAGGUAUCUUCUACGGCAUGGCAAAGGACGCAGGACUGGUUAUGUAAUGCUGGGAUGAUCUAUCUAUCUAUCUAUCUAUCUAUCUAUCUAUCUAUCUAUCUAUCUAUCUAUCUAUCUAUCUAUCUAUCUAUCUAUCUAUCUAUCUAUCUAUCUAUCUACCUCUUUUGCUCUUUCGGGCUCUCUCUCUCUCUCUCUCUCUCUCUCUCUCUCUCUCUCUCUCUCUCUCUCUCUCUCUCUCUCUCUCUCUCUCUCUCUCUCUCUCUCUCUCUCUCUCUCUCUCUCUCUCUCUCUCUCCUGUUAUUCCAAACAGUGCCUUUAGACACCAUAGUGAGUGCCAGUGAAUGUAAGCAUCAUGUUUUUUUUUUUAAAUACUCAGACGGUCAAUUACUGAACCAGGACCCAUUGUUGUUUUGUUUGUUUGUAUUUGUAUUUGUUUGUUUGUGUUUUCUAAAGAAACCUGCAGUGCCACAGUUGUUUGUGAGGGUUGAGUUUCCCCUUUCGAGCAACAUCUAUUUUUGUACAGGACUAUUUAAGUUACUAUGGCAAGUUGUUCAAUAGGGAAAAAACUAGUCUCAGUUACAUGUGAGUUUUUUUAUAUUUAAAAGAAAAAGAAAUCUAUAAAACAAAAAAAAGAACAACAAACUUGAAUUCUGUUACCAAAAUUGAAGUGAUGUCCAUGCAUUUAUUAAAAAAAUGAGACAUUGUGAU